AUCGAUGAGCAUCGCGACAAAAUCUUCAAAAUAAUCUCCGGAAUAAUGCACGAGACAAUCGUCAAACUUUUAUUCCCAUUAUCUUGUUUGGUGUUCUUGAGUGUUAUCGUCGCUUCGAACGGCGCGAAUUCCGAAUACAAACACCGAACAAAACGAAAAGUUGUUUUCAGUAAAAGUAGCAAAUUUUUCGUCAGACUCAACGGCAAAGACAAUAUGUUAAAUUACACCGAAAUUUUCGCCCACGGGUGGACUUUCAGGAUAAAUUACGACCUCCCGGAGACGAUCCCCAAGAGACACCAAUUUUUCAAAAGAGACGUUCACGCCGAAUUGGACGGCGUCGCAGAUGAGUCGCUCCGCGGUGUCUACUCCUGCAUCCUCAAGUACGUCUGCGAGCGGGUCUCGGAGGUGCAAGCGGCGCCAGAAUGCGGCAUUUUCUGCGGCAUCGGUAACAUCAUACUCAGCUCGUUAACCGCCGAGUCGGAGUUUUUCCAGGCGUUUGUCAACAAAUGCGAACACCAUGCCAGUAAUUGCCCCUACGUGUACAAAGACGCCAAAUUUGUUUACCAACCCGAAUUGUAACAACUUGAUCGAAAAUUUUUGCUAAUAAAUUCCGCUCGUUUGUCAGUAAAUACUCUCAUUAGUACCAAACUGCUAACUUAUUUACCCAAGAGACUGCGACAGAAGGUCGUUUAACUUAAUACAUCACUCCGCGUUAAGCUCGAAAUCAUGAAAAUCCUGCUGAAUUUGUCAAUCGCGACCCUCUUGAUAGGUUCAAUCCGGGGCCUAUUGGACACGAGUGGUGAAAUAUUAUCGCGACAAAAGCGCUACUUAAUCUGGAAGGAAGGCAUCAACUGGGUCCAGAUGAUUGCAGGGAUCGGCCUCCCGAUUGAAUUACGAGAUCAAAGCAUCACUGUAGGAACAGUAGUAAAAGCGUAUUAUUUACUCCCCAAUAACAGCACCUACUACACCCACCCUUCUAUCGACUAUGCGAGGAAAAAGCGCUCCUCGAGCCGAUGGGUGGCAUAUAAAUUAAUCGAGAGUUUUUUCGAAAGAAACGGCUACGGGGACGGGAAAGCCUGUCUUUUGCGGAGCAUAUGCGAGGUUUCCGCCAAACCGUUCGAGAGAAAAACGGGAAUUUUGGCCGAAAUUAUACACGCGAUUCUGACGCCGUCGACGACGAGGGAAACGCUCGACAAUCAUCUGAAUUGCGAGUAUCACGCCGCUGAAAAACUCGGGAAGGAAGUAGACAAUUGCGAGGCGUUAUUCCCAGAAUGUCCGCUGAAUUUUAUUCAGCAAUUCACCAAAAUGCUCUCAUGAAUACGCAAAAUUUGUAAUGAAAAUAAAACUUAUU